AUGGAGAAGGAUGAAGAGUGGUUGGACAGAGCAGUAACUAUGGAUAAAGUGUACAAGUUCUUUCGGUCAACCAAAGACCUCGCCAUCGCCAACGUUUCUUUCAGCUCUUACUACGGUCAGGUAACUGUGCUACUCGGCCACGAUGGAUCGGGAAAAUCCACAAUAAUGAAGCUCAUCUCUGGAGAUUAUGAAGCGACGCGAGGUCUCAUCGGUGUGCUAAGUUUGGUGAAAAAACGUAAUAACAGGCAUCGUGGCAAGGAUAUUGGAUAUUGCUCAGAGGAAAUAACACUAUUCGACCACCUGACAGUUUUUGAACACCUAUGGUUUUUUUAUUGUUUGAAGACAGGAGCAGAGGAUUGGAAAGGGGAUGCUGUAUCUACAGCCAAUGAUGUUGGCCUAAGUGAUUUUCUCAAUAAGAAGCCAGCGCAGUUGAAUGAAACUAAGAAACGACUGUUGAGCCUUGCGAUUGCCUUCGUUGGUGGUAGUCCUGUUGUACUAAUGGAUGAUCCCUUCAAGGGACUUGACGCUGAGACGAAAGACAUUUUCAGGAACAUAUUGGAUGUGAAAAAAGAUGAAAGGUGUAUCCUGGUGGCAACGUCUUCGACCGAAACAGCUGAAAUGAUCGGUGAUCGCAUUGUAAUGCUCAGUAACGGCAGAGUUCUUGCAGCCGGAUCAAUUCCGUUCUUGAAAACAGAAUUUGGCAGCAGUUACAUCCUCAACGUUUUGCUCAGCAGUGAGGCUUCGAAUCUCCCCAAAACAAUACCCAACAUAGAAAGGACGGUCCAAAAAUUUGUUCCAAGUGCCGAGCUUCGGCUUACAUGUGGCAAAUCAGUCCAGUUUGGUUUUAAUAGCAACGAUCAUAAUGAGCAUAUUGCUCUUCUACGUGGCCUCGAAAGAAUCGCGUAUAAGCUGGGAAUUUCGGAGUAUUACAUCACAUUGUGUACACUGAUGGAUGUUUAUCGGAGAGUAGAAAUUUGUAACUUCAAGGACGAUAGCGAUUACGAGGAAGAUGAAGAGGAACCUGAAGCUCGCCGCGGCGUAUGCUCACUUGAUCAACAGUUUGGGAUGCUAAUGAAGAAACGUCUAUACUUGUUGCCAAAUUUUCACUGCUGCUUUGUGGCGGUGAGGACAUUUACAGGGUCUGCUGAAGAACGGGCUAGACGGCUUUUGAACGCAAGACUCAGAGAGCAAGUGAUCAUGGUUUAG